CAGUACCAUGUUUGUCGCGUUCUCUUUCUGACUCACACCGCCACAAAAUCCUCCAAUUUCUGAUUAAAAGUUUAAGAAAGAGUAUCAGAAGAUAUUUUUUCAGAAAGAGAGCUGUGAUCAUGGCGAUCAAAUCGCUGAUAUUUCCUCUAGUGAUGCUGAUCGCCUGUUUCCUCACGGCGGUCUUUGCUGAAGAGAGCAAGAGCACCGAAUCCAAGGAGUUCGUCGUCACUUUGGAUCACUCCAACUUUGAUGACACUGUUAGUAAACACAAGUUCAUCGUCGUUGAAUUUUACGCGCCUUGGUGUGUCCACUGCAAAAAUCUUGCUCCAGAGUAUGAGAAAGCUGCAUCUAUUUUGAGUACUCUUGACCCCCCAAUUGUUCUUGCCAAAGUUGAUGCUAAUGACGAAGCAAACAAAGAUCUUACCACUAAGUUUGAUAUUAGGGGUUUCCCCUCACUUAAGAUUUUGAGAGAUGGUGGGAAGUCUAUUCAAGAAUACAAAGGCCCCCGUGAUGCUGAGGGUAUUGUUGCUUAUUUAAAGAAACAGAGUGGUCCUGCAUCUACUGAAAUAAAGACUGCAGAAGAUGCUAGUAGUUUUAUUGAUGAGAAGAAGAUAGUUGUUGUUGGGGUUUUCCCGAACUUAUCUGGAGAGGAGUUUGACAACUUCACAGCUGUUGCUGAGAAAUUGAGAUCAGAGUAUGAGUUUGGUCAUACACUGAACGCUAAAAUCCUUCCACAUGGAGAUUCAUCUGUGACUGGCCCGGUAGUGAGGUUGUUCAAGCCUUUUGAUGAAAUCUUUGUUGACUCCAAGGAUUUUAAGGUGGAUACUCUUGAGAAGUUUGUUGAAGAAGCUAGCAUUCCCCUUGUGACUGUGUUUAGCAGUGACCCAAGCUUGCACCCUUUUGUUAUGAAAUUCUUUAACAGUCCUAAUGCAAAGGCAAUGUUGUUUAUGAACUUCAACAGUGAAGGUGCUGAUUCUUUCAAAUCGAAAUAUCGUGAAGUUGCUGAUCAAUACAAAGGACAGGGCAUCAGUUUUCUGAUGGGAGAUCUUGAUGCUAGUAAAGCUGCUUUCCAGUACUUUGGACUCAAAGAAAGCCAAGUGCCUCUCAUCAUUGUACAGGCAACUGAUGGGCAGAAGUAUUUGAAGCCUAAUUUGGAGGCUGAUCAAAUUGCAUCUUGGAUGAAGGAAUACAAGGGAGGGAAAAUUCAACCAUACAAAAAAUCUGAGCCUAUUCCUGAAGAGAACAAUGAGCCUGUGAAGGUGGUUGUUGCUGAAAGCAUUCAGGAAAUGGUUUUCAAGUCUGGAAAAAAUGUUCUGCUAGAGUUUUAUGCUCCUUGGUGUGGACACUGCAAAAAAUUGGCUCCAAUCUUGGAUGAAGUUGCCGUCUCUUAUAAAAAUGAUGCGGACGUUGUUAUCGCAAAAUUUGAUGCAACUGCAAAUGAUAUCCCAAGUGACACUUUUGAUGUUAAAGGUUUCCCAACGGUGUACUUGAGGUCAGCUAGUGGAAAGGUAGUGGCUUAUGAGGGGGAUAGGACCAAGGAAGACAUUAUCCAAUUCAUUGAGAAGAACAGGGAUAAAUCUGCUCCUCAAGAAUCUGUUAAAGCAGAAUCAUCUGCAAAAGAUGAGCUUUAAAGAAGGUACAUGCAGCUUUUCUCAGUAGAGUUAAGAGACAUGUGCAUUUUGUAUUGUGCUUUGCGGCUGUGAUACCCAACAACAGCAGCAAGGAAAAGAAUCGCCUGAUGUCCUUCCUUCCCCUUACUUUGUUUGAAUAAAUGGGAGGCAUUUUCGGCUGUUUUAUCGCGUGUUUACUUUUUGGAAUAGCGUAGUUGUAACAGUGGGUUUGGCUGAAUGAAAAAGAUAGUAAAUUACAUGUAGGAGAGAUACCUUUAAUUAAAUGCCCAGUGGUUUGGGAUUUUCUUACCUUAGAAAA